AGCAAAUUAAGGUUUUAUGAGAGCUCUCGACUCUGACACUUCCUUGUUAUCUGAGGGCUUGGCUCCGAGAUUAAUAAUCCCGGAGUAGGAUACAGGCUAUAAAAACAUGAGAACAACGUGAAUUGUUUUCCUGCUUCACCCAACCCAGGUCCGUUGGGCAGCAUUGCGUGAGUGCUGGGGAGAGCAGCGGGCACCGUGCUCUCUUACCUCUUCCCCAGCUUCAUCCCUUGCCUCUGCUCCCCUCGUUGUUUAAUUUGGCCACCUUGGCUUGGGCAUCGCCUGCGGCCAGGCCCGGGGCAUCCCCCACAGCUGAGAUUUUAGGGCAGCUUCCGACCUGGUGGGCUUAAGCAGGAUUUUAGGGGAACCCGGCCUGCAUGGCACGCUGAGUGUGUGACCUCUGGGGAGAGUGGGGCGGUGGGACAGAGGUGGGCAGCCUCUGCGAGGAGGAGGAGGAGGCAGAGUAGGACCAUGCCAAGUCCUGAGGCAGCAGACAACAUCAGCGAGGACAGCUUUGAGAUGCUGGUGGAGGAGCAUGGGAGGCCGCGCGAGUGAAGCUGUCUGCAGGCCCCGGGCUGAGGAGGACAGCUGGAGGCCCGGUGCCUCCUGGUGCCUGCUGUGGCUCCCGGCUUCCACAGGUCCUCAGGAAGGCCUUGCCUGGUGCUGCCCCGGCCUGCCCGGGCCGCAGGAGGAGGCAGCCACGUUCCUGCGCGCUGAGCUCACACCGAGCGGCCUCCUCUCGGCCUCCCUUCGCCGCAGCCUGGGGGUGGCAGCUUGGAGGAACGGCCUGGCGCGGGCCGUAGCCAAGGAGAGCUGCAGUUUGUAGCAGUUACACCAACUUCUCCUAUGAGGGAGGAAGCGAGGAGCUGAAACAGCCAUUAGCAACGAUUUAAUACAUCAGUACAAAGCGUACAGCGGGAAAAGUACUCGUGUGUCAUUCAGCGUUAUCAAUAAUUCAGAUAGCUUCAGAUUAGUGAACAAAGCGUAUUAACGUUUUACUUCCCUGGCUAAUUGUGCUGUUCACCUAAUUUGUAAGUCCCUGCCUGGCAGCGACUCCUCCUGGUGGCAUUGUAAGCUACCACCAGUUGUUUUUUCUCUAUAUGAAGUCUGGUGUAAGUGGCUCUUUUGCUAAAUAGUGGGAAAAUCCUUUUAUAGUUAGAAAGAGAGAAAUUGGAUCAGAGUUUGAUAUCACAGUAUUUGGCUUUUCCAUUUUCCUAGGACAACACACUCAUUCCCAUCGUGGUUUUUCAUGCUUUCCUGAAACUUGUUAACCUGCUUUUAGAUGUAAGGGAAUAUAGCGGAUAUGUUUUGAAUCCUUUCUGAGGUUCCCUUCCUUUCUCAUCAUGUGCGUGGCAAGACAUGAGAAAUUAGCAGAAAUUAGCUGAAGCACGAGGGCAGUUACUCCUUCCGGAUGGCGCUGCUGCGGGCUGUGAGCCCUGGCAGGGCAAGAGCUCCCUCCAGCACGGCCUUGUUCCUGGAUGACUUGCAUGCUUCUUGUUCACGGGGAAGAUUACGUUUCAGAAAUGAUUUCUCACUGCUGGCAUUUGGCUUGGCCUUCUGACGUGUAGGUGUGAAACCUCACGUAAUUCUGUGCUGGGAAAGAAAUCCCAGAGCGGAGGGAAAGUGCUCAGUAGAUGUGCAGAAACUCUGCUGUAUCCAAUGCAAAGCCUUGAUGGUGAAAGGAGGAGUAAAUCUCAUCAAAGAGAAAUUUAGACCCUCUCCAGUUCCACAUUCGUUGACAUUUGCAUUUUGUCUGAGGAGGGAAAAAAAUCUUCAUAUCAAAUGGUGGCAAAACUUACCCAAGGCAUCGAGCAUCCCUGGAGCUUUGGCACAGUACAGAUGGCUGCUCACUGCCAGAGGCUGGGUUUGGUUGGUGAGCUCGAAGCCACCUUCAGGCUACACUUAAAACUGAAUAUUUCCAGAAAAAAAAAAAGCCAGUAAUAUUUAAAAAUUGGGGGGGAGUGCAAGCGACACACACGUGUGCUCUGCUUGUACAUACUGAGGGUGCUGCACAGACACGUGAGUGGCACCAGGGGCAUGGGCACACAGUGCACAGCAAUCGUGGUGAUCCGAGAUCUCAAAUGUCUCACAAAGGCUCCUCCCCAGGUCCUUGAACCGUAACGACCAGGUCUUUCUUCCCUCGGCUCCCUCAGCGCUUGUUCCUCUGUAGAAUGCCAUGGGUUUUUCUGUCUCACUGAGCCGCCGCCAUUCAGGGCAGUAGUUCAGCGUGUGCUUCAUUGUCUGACAGGAGAAUGUUUCUCCCCAGCUCCUUUUCUCCUGCCCUUGGGUAACGUACAGACUGAAAGAAGUACUUCUCCCCCAUUAAUGAGCUUUCCAACUGUUAAUUUUGAGGUUUGCCCUUUGCCAGAGCUAGAGGCUUGUACCGCUUGAUUUCUUAAGUGGGCAUGGAAGUAAAAUAAGGUGGAAUUUGGUGAGGAGGCUGUAUCUGCUUCAGUCUUACACCCAUGUCGCCCACAGACACAGUUCAGUUUCUCUGCCAGAGCUCCUGUGCCGUCCCCAAGGUGUUUUUCGCACCUCUGGAGCCCUGACCACCACGUGCUGGUGGGGAGCAGGUCCUGCGUGUAGUGGCUGACCCUUGGGACGUGGCAUCUCCCCUGUGAUAACCAUUCUGAUACCCAGCAUCUCCUGGAAAGGGCACAAAACAGAGGUGUGUUUCGUGGAACAAGAAGAGGAGACUGAGCUGUGAUUGACCCAGGAGGUCCUGGACAGUGGCUGAGGAUGGGUGAGGAAGGCCCUCCCAGUUUGGAGUACAUCCAGGCCAAGGACUUGUUCCCCCCAAAAGAGCUUGUAAAGGAGGAAGAGUCAUUGCAGGUCCCGUUCACUGUGUUGCAGGGUGAGGGGGUAGAGUAUCUUGGCCACGCAAACGAUGCUGUGAUCGCCAUCUCCAACUACCGGCUUCAUAUCAAAUUUAAGGAUUCUGUGAUCAAUGUGCCUUUGAGGAUGAUGGAGAGCGUGGAGUGUCGGGAUAUGUUCCAGCUUCACAUUGUCUGCAAGGACUCCAAAGUGAUCAGGUGCCAUUUUUCCACCUUUAAGCAGUGCCAGGAGUGGCUGAAGAGGCUAAAUCGAGCCAUUGCCCGCCCUGCGAAGCCUGAGGACCUUUUUGCAUUUGCCUACCAUGCGUGGUGCUUAGGAGUUUGUGUUGAUGAGGAGGAUCAACAUGCCCAUCUCUGCCGUCCAGGAGACCACGUAAGAUACCGAUUCGAGAUGGAGCUGGUGAGGAUGGGCUUUGACUUGCAGAAUGUCUGGCGAGUCUCUGACAUCAACAACAAUUACAAGCUUUGUUCCAGUUAUCCCCAGAAGCUGCUGGUGCCUGUCUGGAUCACGGAUAAGGAGCUAGAGAAUGUGGCUUCGUUUAGGUCGUGGAAGAGGAUCCCUGUGGUUGUGUACAGACAUGUUCGCAACGGGGCAGUGAUUGCACGCUGCAGCCAGCCUGAAAUCAGCUGGUGGGGCUGGCGAAAUGCUGACGAUGAGUAUCUUGUGACAUCUAUUGCCAAAGCCUGUGCCUUGAACCCUGGAAUAAAGGUACCUGGUGGCAUGCCACACAAUGGAAGCAGCGAUGGCAGCGAGGCCUGCGAGGCUGACUUUGACUCGUCCCUGACCGCGUGUUCAGGCGUGGAGAAUGCGGGAACUCCUCAGAAGCUGCUGAUUCUUGAUGCCAGAUCCUACACCGCAGCUGUGGCCAACAGAGCAAAGGGAGGAGGCUGCGAAUGUGAAGAGUAUUACCCAAACUGUGAAGUGGUGUUCAUGGGCAUGGCCAACAUCCACUCCAUCCGCAACAGUUUCCAGUAUCUGCGUGCUGUCUGCAGCCAGGUGCCAGACCCUAGCAACUGGCUUUCUGCCCUGGAGAGUACCAAGUGGCUGCAGCACCUUUCUGUCAUGCUGAAGGCAGCGGUGCUGGUCUCCAGUGCAGUUGACAGAGAAGGGCGUCCAGUGCUGGUUCAUUGCUCAGACGGCUGGGACAGAACUCCACAGAUUGUAGCACUGGCAAAGAUUCUUCUGGACCCUUACUACAGGACCAUGGAGGGUUUCCAGGUGCUUGUUGAAUCAGAUUGGCUGGAUUUUGGUCACAAGUUUGGUGAUCGCUGUGGUCACCAGGAGAAGGUGGAAGAUCAGAAUGAGCAAUGCCCAGUUUUCCUCCAAUGGCUGGAUGCUGUUCAUCAGCUUCUGAAGCAAUUUCCUUGCCUCUUUGAAUUUAAUGAAGCUUUUUUGGUGAAGCUGGUGCAGCACACAUAUUCCUGCCUCUAUGGGACCUUCCUUGGGAACAGCCCAUGCGAGCGAGAGAUGCACAACAUCUACAAGCGUACCUGCUCCGUGUGGUCCCUCCUGCGGGCUGGCAAUAAGAACUUCCACAAUCUUCUCUAUAUGCCAGGGUCUGAGCAGGUGCUGCAUCCAGUGUGCCAUGUCCGAGCACUGCACGUCUGGACAGCAGUCUAUCUCCCAGCUUCCUCCCCACAUCCUCUGGGACAGGAUGAUAUGGACAUUUACCUGCCCCCUGGAUCUCAGAGCCAGGAGUUCAGUGGCAGAUGUUUGGACAGAUUACCAAAGACAAGAUCUAUGGAUGACCUGCUUUCAGCCUGCGACUCCAGCAGCCCUCUGACCCGCACAUCUAGCGAUCCGAACCUGAAUAACCACUGUCAGGAAGUCCGGGUGGGCCUGGAAGCCAGGCAUGCCACUGCUGAGGGAGCUGAGCUGCACGUGGGAGAAGGCAGCAUGGUGGCUGCAGGCGAGGCACAGGAGGUGGAAGAGCAUCAGGAAAAUGCUCCCCUGCAAGCCAGCAGUGUUUUUAGCGGCUGUGCUGAGCAUGAAGUGCAUAGCAAGCAACAGAGCAGCUGGGCAUCUGUGCCAGCAAGCAGUGUGUCUCUGCAGAUGGAAAAGGGAAAUGUAACAUACAUGGAGGAACUGGAUGGCGCAUGUCCAGCUCCAAAUCCUUCCAAGCAGGAAAAUGUUGACAGGGUUCCUACCAGUUCUGAAAAGCAAUUAGAAACCUGUUCCCAGGAACCCUUGAAGGCUGCUGGCUUGGCAUCCAGUGGAGGAGGUUGCCCCAAGAAAAACACCACCUGCCAAGCCAUUCCCAGCCAGGAGUCCCUGGCACCAAGUGCUCCUUGUCAGGAGCUGGGCAUCCCCUGCCCGGAUGAAGAUAAGGGCAAAAGCGAUGCUAGAAGGAAUGGACCCUGUGAGGAGCCCUGCCGGCUGGGGAGAGUCCCGCUAGAGCAAUGGCGCAAACCUAUCUCCCAGAGCCAAAGCAGCGAGUUCUCCUUCCUGGGGUCCAACUGGGACAGUUUUCAAGGAAUGGUGACAUCGCUCCCCAGUGGGGAGCCUGCACCCAGACACCUCCUCUCCUAUGGCUGUUGUAGCAAGAGGUUGAGCAGCAAACAGCUACGGGUGCCUGGCCUGUGCCUCAGUGGCCAGUGGUCUGCCAGAGAAGGUGCAAAAGCCUCAGUCUGCUCUGGCCAUGUCGGCACGCAUUUUGCAGGCUCUGCAGUGAAGCCCAGCCGUUCAUGGCUACCCUGCCACCUGAAACAAGCAUCUGGUCCCAAGCACGUGCCGCCAAAAUGUCCUUCUCCUGUGCCUCCUCUCUACCUGGACGAUGACGGGCUGCCCUUCCCCACAGAUGUGAUUCAGCACAGGCUGCGGCAGAUCGAGGCCAGCUACAAGCAGGAGGUGGAGCAGCUACGCAGGCAGGUGCGAGAGCUGCAGCUGCGGCUGGACAUCCGCCACUUCUGUGCCCCACCGGCCGAGCCACCCAUGGACUACGAGGAUGACUUUACAUGUCUGAAGGAAUCAGAUGGCAGUGAUACUGAGGACUUCUGUUCUGAUCAUAGUGAAGACUGUUUGUCAGAAGCGAGCUGGGAGCCUGUUGAUAAGAAGGAGACAGAGGUUACGCGGUGGGUUCCAGACCACAUGGCCUCGCAUUGUUUUAACUGCGAUUGUGAAUUCUGGCUGGCCAAACGGAGGCAUCACUGCAGGAACUGUGGGAACGUGUUUUGUGCCGGUUGCUGCCAUCUGAAGUUGCCCAUCCCUGAUCAGCAGUUGUAUGACCCUGUCCUCGUUUGUAACUCCUGUUAUGACCACAUCCAAGUGUCUCGUGCCAGGGAGCUCAUGAGCCAACAUCUGAAGAAGCCCAUUGCCACAGCUUCCAGCUGAAUGCCAGACAAGGGACCUGUCUAAGCCCAGCCUUUUCUCUCAUGGGUUUGAAGGGUGACUCUGCCUCCACUGUAAUUGUGAAGGCCUUUGGUGCAACACCAAGCUUGAAUGCACUGUCUUCAACAGUCUUACUAUCAGUCUGGAGCAGAGGAGCUCAGAUUGGAGUACGGUGUGUGUCCCCACUCUGGUACCGGUGGGCCCGUACAUUGUAGUCUGAUGACCUAGGGCUAAAGAGGGGAUUGCAACCUCUUUCUUCUGUGGGCUGGAAAGCAAUGUUUUCACAGAUAUUGCCUGUGCAAAGUACCCCCAAAGCAAUAGAAAGGCAUGUUUAGAACCAAUUCCCCCAACAAAAGCAAGCUGCUGUACAAGGAAGAGGGCAGACUCUAGGUGGUACCAUGUGCUUUGAAAGGGCCUCAGCCUGGAGCAGGUCUGUAGAUUCUCUUUCCAUGAGUGUGAUUUGUGAUCAGCUUGGUGAACAAGACUCAUUAGCCAUCACUAAUUGAUUUUCUCUUGAGCAUUGAAGAGAAAUUCAUUCUGGCUGAAAACGGGCUGAGCAGAUUUCACCCGUUUUCAUGCUCCGCUAGGAUUGGUGAAUGCACUUGACUUUGUCCCUGCCCCCCAGCAAUGUGGGGAGAUGGGAGAUUGGCUUUUUCACUUCCUGCUCUGCCCGUCUGCUUUGUCUGCAGUAGUGUCACAGCCUGGUGCAGGAAUGGCACCCUGAUCCUCUCCUGGCAUGGAAACAGAACUUGUGUUCCUGUGUUGCUCCUCCUCCCCUUUUCUGCCCUCAGCUCUCCACUUCCUACUGCUCUUUAUCCUGAAAACUUGAUACCUUGAGGGUAUAGGCCAUAAUGUGUUGUUUUACCUCCUGGAAUGUGCUGUCUGGUGUAUGUGAGGGUUUCAGUCCAAAUGCUGCUAUAUAUUUCUGUGCACUUAAUGUAACCCGAAGAAGGGAGAAUGAAGCAUUGAUACCAAAAUGGGGGUGGGGAAAGACACUGGCUGACAUAGACACUACAGUCUGUGCUUUUCACUUUAGGAUGUACAACCAAGCUACAGUGAUAAACAUGACAUGUGGCAUCUGUUCAGUGGUGGAAACAAUAUCUCUGUUUUGCCCCAAUGCUACCUAAAAUGCCUCUUGAAUUUGACAUCUUUUUUUGUCGCCUGUACAGUGGUCAAAGUUCAGAGUUGCCAACUUGUAAUUGCCUCUCUACUUGUUCAUUAAA